AACAGCUCCUUGUGCGCUUGCGUCAGGUACCCAGACGGAAGACCGUGAAGUUUUGCUUUAACUCGCGUCAACGGACAAAAGGAGCGCCUCAAAGUAAAGCUAAGAGGAUCAGUUGCUCUCAUGGAAAUGUUCAGAUGUUUAAAUCGAUUUUAAAUUCUGUGUAAUCCGGACUCAAGUCAUUGCCAUGGCUCCAAAUCCAACAACCCAAGCAAUUAUAGACUUCUCUGCUGGAGCAGCAGGAGGUACAGCUUGUGUGCUGAGCGGUCAGCCGUUCGACACAGCCAAGGUGAAAAUGCAGACGUUUCCAACCAUGUACCGUGGUUUCAUCCACUCCCUGGUUUCCACCGUCAGAGAGGUGGGACUCUUUGGUCUCUACAGAGGCACUGCCCCGGCGCUCUUGGCCAACAUCAGCGAGAACGCGGUGCUCUUCUUGGGUUAUGGCCUCUGCCAGGAUGCUGUGCGCUUUUUGUCCAGAAUGGAUAAAGGAGUCGAUCUCAGUGACAUUCAGAAGGCCUCGGCAGGCUCUUUGGCCUCUAUCUUCUCCUCCAUGGUGUUGUGUCCCACUGAGCUGGUGAAAUGUCGCCUGCAGGCCAUGCAUGAAAUGGAGGCAACCGGAAGGGUAGCAGCGGGACAGAGAAGCACAGUGUGGUCUGUGGUUAAGACGGUGUUAAAGACAAACGGCCCUCUGGGUUUUUACCAAGGACUGACGUCCACCAUUGUGAGGGAUAUUCCUGGUAACUUCUGCUUCUUCGGUGCUUAUGAGCUGUGUCGAACUACUUUUGCCAAACACAUGGGCACAGACAAGGAAGGCAUAGGUAUUCUUCCACUGAUGUUCAGCGGUGGAUUUGGAGGAGCUUGUCUUUGGCUUGUGAUCUAUCCAAUAGACUGUGUAAAGUCCAGGAUCCAGGUCCACUCCUUAGCUGGGAAGCAAGAAGGCUUCAUGAAAACCUUCAUGGCCAUCAUACGCACUGAGGGAUUCACUGCUCUGUACUCUGGUUUGACCCCUACCAUGAUACGCACCUUCCCUGCCAACGGAGCCCUUUUCCUGGUUUAUGAGUACAGCCACAACUUAAUGAUGGAUGCAGCUGGUCGCUGAUGUAGAGUAACAUGCCUCUCAAAGCAACUACUGGUAUUUUAAUGAUAACUAUUUAAAUAUUGUGUCUUUGUUUAAUUUUUUACAAGAUUUCAAAAAUUUUUGUACACGCCCUAAAUAAAAACAUGGAAACCACACAAACGUCAGUUUGCUGAUAGUUUAAAAUAAAGUUGGGAUUAAAUUUUG